AUGUCGGAACUACGAAGUCAACCUUCUCGGCAGACGGUCGCAGUCAUCGGAGCAGGUAUCAGCGGCGUAUGCACAGCUGCACACUUGCUAAAAGAAGGUCUCUCAGUGACGGUCUUCGAACGCUCAAGCAUUGCCGGUGGAAUCUGGCACUAUGAUGACCGCGUUCCCGGCGACCCACCAUAUCCUAGCAACACGCCGUCUCUUGGGGACUAUGAGGUUUCUCAACGAGGUCAAUUUUCGUAUGUUACGCCUCCAUCUGAGCAAAGGAACGAAACACCACAGAAUCUGACCUUUCGGGUGGAAGCAAACAACUACCUUUCCGACCUCGAGGCGCACUUCUCACCACCCGGCCCGUGUUACCGAGGCCUACGCAAUAACGUCCCGACAUACCUCAUGGAAAGUAGUCUGGGCCAGUGGCCCGAGGGUACCGAACCCGUUGUUGGUCAAAGAGAUGUUGAAAAUUACGUCCAAGGCCUGGCAGAAGUGCAUGACGUCAACAACCAGACUCUAUUUCACACCCGAGUAGAUGAGGUCAAGAAGACACACGAUGGGCUCAAGUGGGAGUUGCGAUCAGUGACGUUGGAGAAAGAAGAGCUUGGUGUUCGGCUCACUGAAAGAUUACAUCUAUUUGAUCGAGUUGUCGUGGCUUCGGGGCAUUAUAACAUGCCACGGAUUCCUGACAUUACUGGACUCAAGGAAUGGAAAACAAGGUUUCCCGCCAGGAUCAUUCAUUCAAAGCAGUAUCGAAACCCACAGAGGUAUCGGGACCAGAAUGUGGUGGUUCUUGGUGCUGGUGUGUCUGCUUUGGAUAUCUGCCGGGAGCUGGAUGGAGUUGUAAACAAAGUCUACCAGAGUGCCCGUGGAGGACAGUUUGACCUCCCAGUCUCACUGCUGCCAUCAUCUACGAGACGAGUGCCGGAAAUAGCUAGCUUUAUUCUCGAUAACGACGAAAGACACCAGCACUUUCCGGAAGAAGGCCAGCAUAUUCCCGGGAAGAUCGCUUUGAAGGACGGCCAGGUACUCGACAAGAUUCACCACGUGGUCAUGGCAACAGGAUAUAUAACAUCUUACCCUUUCCUCCCGCAUCUCCAUUCCGACACGGCACCAAUCACAGAACCAGGGGAAUAUCUGGUGGUGACAUCGGACGGCAACAUGGCGCAUAACUUGCACAAAGAUAUCUUCUACAUCCCCGACCCAACCUUGGCUUUUGUAGGCGUACCUUAUCAUGUGGUCACGUUUUCGCUUUUUGAUUUUCAGGCCCAGGCGGUGGCAAGAGUGUUUGCUGGGAGAGCAAAGCUUCCAAGUCAAAAAUUGAUGAGACACGAGUACGAGAGAAGGGUGCUGGAGAGAGGCCUCGGAAGAGGGUUCCACUCGCUGCAUCAAGAGGGAAAGGAGUUGGCGUAUGUAAGGGAGCUGGUUGAAUGGGUCAACGAAGGUGAUGUUCAUGGAGAGGGGCGGAAUGACUGCAACAUGAAGGGGCAUACCGAGGAGUGGCUGGCGGGAUAUUAUGAGAUGAAGGCAAAGACUAGAGGGUUGUUUCCAGGUAGGGGAAUUAAAUCUGUGGCGGAAGAUACUACACUACGCAACUGA